GAUAUUUUUGUGAAAUGUUAUUUUUAUUUUUUAUUUUAUUUUUAUUUUUUGUUAAAUGCAAUUCCGAUUUCCACCGCUAGAUGACAGUACAAAAUAAACCCUCGGCAUGAUUUCAUAAUGUUGCUGAGUUAUUUCAUGUUUAAUGGUAAUACCAUUUUUAUUCUUUCUUUAACAUGUUUAUAUUUCAUCUUUCCCACAACAACUAUAAACUUGUUUGAUUGUGUGUUAAUACAUGCGAAUAACCAAUAUUGCUUAUUGUAAAACCCCAGAUGAAUAAUAGGGAAGAGAUUAAGUUUUACUUAUUGUUUUGUGGUGCAUAGUAACAUAAUUUCACAAUAUGUGGAACAUUAAAAACAGAAAUGCAUUGAAAGGCUAUUUCCUGAUAGAGAAGUUGUAUGUAAAGUCUGGAGUAGGUGAAUUGUAGCAGCAUAUACUAAAAAAGUAGUACUUUUUAAGCUUAUUUUACUAAGUAUACGUGAAUAUAAGUAUACCUAAUAAAAGUAUACUUGUAGUAUGGUAGCAAGUAUACUAUAGAUGUAUAGUGGAGGGAAUAUACUCCAUCUAUGUACAAUGAAAACACUUACAAUACCUGAGUAGUAAAUAAAAAGCUAACUUCAAGUAUACUGCAUUACAUUUAGAAUAGAUUAAGUAUACUUGUAUUACACUUGAAUAAAAUACUUUUUGCUAAGCGAGCUACCAGCUAAAAAAAACACACAAAAUACAGCUGUCAGCAUUAUCACACUGGAAAAACAUUAAUAUAUUAACUUUAUACUAACUAAGAUUAAUCUCAUUCAAAACUUAUGUAAGAAUGCAGUGGAACAGGCACAACUGGAUUUUUAUUUUUUCAUUUGCUAGUCAGGGAUUUUUAAAAGAGAUUCUUGCCUCAAUCAUUCUAUGAAAAUUCAUUGUGUUUUUAAGGAAUAGCUGGAAAUAAAAACACGAUCUGUUUCCCACUAGGGGAUUCCCAUUCACAGCUCUGCUGUGAUACUGGCUGAUACAUAAUCUGGCUGCACACAGCAGGUGGAGUCAAACAAGCACCAUGUGACUGGGUGUGUGGUUUAAUAUAAGUGUCCUCUGAAAAAUAAACAUCCUUUCACAGAGUAACAGAGACGGGUUUUUUUGCUGCACCUUCUGAAUGUGACUGCCGUGUGGACAUGACUUUCACCAUGGAGCCCAUGGAUGGAAAGCAAAUAACCAUACUGUCUGAUGUGUACACAGCACUACUUAUUCCCAGUGUGAUCGGGAGUUUUUCAGUCCUGGUGGUUUCCAUCGUAAAACGGCAACGUCUAGGAGAACAAGUGCACCUUCUGGUGCAGCUUGCUCUGGCAGACCUCCUCGCUGCUCUGACCUUGUUCGUCAUUUCCAUCUUGAAUACCGUCAGCUACAACUUUGCAAACACCUGUCAGUAUGUGCUGCCACUGGCCCUGACAUUCUAUUUAACUUCAUUUCUGCUGGUGGUUCUUUAUGCUUGGAAAUCAAAGGAUGCUAUCCAAGGAUGGAGGGAGAGACUGGCAGAUGAUGAAAACGAGCAGAGCCAGUGCAAAAAAAUAAAAAAAGCUUUUCCCAUUUAUGCUUUUUUGUGGUUGGUUCCAAUUGCACUGUACACAUUAUACGUGGUCCCAGUUUACAUAAAAGAGAAGUCGCUCAUUCCGAUGACUGACAGAUCUCAGAGCAACAUUACCCUGAAUGGGAGCAGCAGCAGCUGUAUUCUGUUCUUGCAUGUCUGGAAGGAACCCUACACCAAAAGUGAACAAAGACACAUCAUUUCCAUCCGUCUUUUUCUGUUGAUUGCGGUGAUAGUCGUGAUGGUCUCCUGCUCUGUUAUUUACUAUAAAGUUCAGAAAUGGUACAAGAGACGAGAGCAGGAAGGACUUUUUCCCGUCUAUGUUGAUGGAUAUGCAACAAGGCGAUCAAAAAAAGUCUUUUCUUCUGCCCGGAAUAUGGUGAUGGUCAUCGUCAUCUGUUGGACACCAGUUCUCGUCCUCAUUAUACUGUCUUUCUGGGGGGAACACAAGGAUCAGAAAAAGUUGUUUGUCCUCUACAUCAUUCAGGCGGUCACUCUGUCCCUGCAGGGCUUUCUGAACAGCAUGGUUUAUGCCUGGGGGCGCCCGAACUUCACGGAGGCCGUUCUCGGGGAGAAAGUGCCGCUGACGCCACGCAUGCCCUUUUUUGAUGAAUCAUUAAGGAGCCACUGCUGACGGCGGACUUGUCCACAUUUACUGUUGUGCUGCGACACGUGUUACGGGCGCAAAAAAAGACAGAGUGCACAGUUCACCGCUGUAAAAACAGGACGUUUUCAGCGAACUGAAGAAAAAAGGCACAAAAGGAUGAAGGAGGACCAAAGAUUUAUGACUUUUUCAACAAAAGCAAAACACUACCAGAGGUUUUGUUUGCUGUGGAUUUCAAUAGAAUCUCAGGAAUUCUGCCAAAAUGAUCUAACUUGGUGGAUCCUGAAUCUACAUUUUAUUGACGGACUAUUUGGUCAGAUACCGUAAAGGUGUCAAAUGAUGUUAAUGUACGUGUCAUUUUCUAAUUUAUUGCUUUUGACUAAUGAUGUGUUUUUGACUGUAAUGUUAUGCAGGUGUCAAAUGUUUUUAGAUACUAAAGAGGCAACGGACCACAAAGGAAUGCAGAGUUCUAGCAGAAAAUAAAAGGAACGCACAAUCUGCUCUGUCAAGAUGGGUUUAAGCUAUUGGAGGGUUUAACAUACCACUGAGGAAAAUCUUGUCUGUCUUUGCAACCGUAUGUGUUGCAGAGACAGGCGCAAACACGAGAAGUCAAGAAAAAUCAUCACAAGAUUAUGUAAAUUUGACAAAUUACAGUAAUUUUAGUGUUUUUAUUUGGUAGAAAAAUACAUUGCUGGUUAAAAGUUUUAACCCUAUUGAUCUCUACAUUUAUUUCCAACUAUAUAUAUACUGUAUAAAUAAAAAUAUCACUUAUUUUUUGCCUCUAAGUAGAUGUGAAAUUAAAUUAAUUUUGGAGUCAAAGUGUUUUGAUGCAUAUUUGCAUCCAUAGGCAGAAGUUACAAAAAUAAGUCAAAUUAAUUUGUAAGUGUUAAUAAGUGUUUUCCAUGCUAUUAUUCUUCUGACCAAAUGUGCAAAAUACUUUUUUUUGUUCACUGGCUGAAAGGCAUGGAAUAAAGGAAUGUUCCAUGCCAUAAGUUCAACUAUUCCACUGUUAGCUGAGUGUCAUUGGUUGCUUUGUAACUUUCCUCCUGAGAAGGCCUUAGCAAGGCAAAUGAAAAUAAAAGGUAACGUUAAAACCAUUUAUUUUCCAGCUAUAUUAGUUGCACACCAUAAAUUAGGUGUUGCAGAUCUGCAGUGUACUGGUAGAUAAGGUUCAAGUCUGGAGACUGUUUUUAAGGUUACCAUUUUGUUCAUUAAUCCUUAGGUGGUAAAGACCCACUCCUAUUGGUUGAAAUGUAUUAAUAAAUUUAAGAUUAAAUCUGCAUAUUUGAGUA